UAAAAUGCGAGUACGUUUGCCAGCUGUCAUUCUCAUUGAUAAAAAUAAUAGCACGGAAUAGUGAUAGCAAAAUAAAUACCCUAAAUUUAAGGACUUCCUAGUGUUAAUAGUUUCUAGUUAAUUUGUGAAGCUGUUCGCAGAAUUAGUUCGAUUGUGGUUCGGUUAAAAUUGAACUAAAUAUACGCCGACAUGGAAAGAAUUGCGCCGGAGUGAAGGUUGAGCCUGGUUGGACCAGGCAUUGUGCUUCGAUUAGAUCAUUCAUUCGAUAGUGACGACGCAGACGACGUCGUCUGUGCUUAUGAUGAUUGAUUGGUGCACUCACGUGGUUAGGCUAGGCGAUACGGAUAGAGACCUAAUUCUGCCCGAAGAAGGUUACCUUACUACCACCAAUCUGGAGGGGAGGCGACUAGUCCGAUGCAACCUGUCACAUGUGGAUGAUUUCAUAAGCAUGCCUCGUCUGUUGCUUUAUGCUGUUAUUGUUAAUGAUUGAUAUGAAUAUCUGUUGCUAUCGAAAGAAGUGGUGUCGAAUUGUGUGCUAACCAAUCGCGUGGACGAUCGAGAGACUUUUUCUAUCGCAGGCGCAGUUUCAAGCCGAGAAGACGGCAGUUUAUUUAUUAAAGUGAAAAGUAUAAACGCAAACAAAAGGACGAGAGCAGUAAAUUAGAACUGAUAUGGAAUAAAAUUAUUGCUCUAUGCGAGUGAACCACAUACAGCAAGUGUCCGCGUCCAGACAAACCGAGCUACUGUUGCUGCUGCGCUGCUCUAUUUGGUUCAAUAAAUCUUAAUUUAAAGUAGAAUAAGUUGAUUGCUGUGUCACACAGUUGUGCCUCGACAUAAGAGUUCCGUAUAACAGCUUAAGCGCCAACUGACAACGAUCGUGCGCAACGCCAUUGUAGAGGCAAGUGACUGUGACCGUCUAAGUGAGCUCCACAUUUCGUAUUGUGUUCUGGAAGAGAUAACAUACCCAAAAUGCUGAGUGCGUUAGCGUACUGCGCGAAGCUAUGCUUCUGUAUUUGAUAGUGUGGAAGCGAGGACCGCCAUCAUCUGCUAUUAUGGAUUGUAUAAGGUCGAUCGAAUACUAUAUUAACGACUAAGCGGUGGGGCUUAAUAUACAAAGAAGAGAAAAUCGUGUCCGAGUGUCCGGUUAUGCCGGUUUUUGCGUGAGCGUCGUCGGUCGCUGGUGAAUACAAUCUAUCCCAAAAUUUGAACCGCUCAACACAACUUAGUGAAACUUCAACAUACCAACAUGGUGAAACUGAUCGUUAUGAAUUUGUUGCUAAAAUUUGGUAAAAUUGAUCCAAGGCGAGUGUUAAUUUAAAGUGCAAAGUUACCAGUCAUUCGAAACAGAAAAACAAGUCUCGUGGAAGAAAACCGUAAGGUGUUGUUCAGAAAAACGCCAGAGAACAUUUCAACAAGCAGAUUUAGAAUCAUUAUCAAAGUGGAGCUGCUACUGAACAAAGUUCUCGAACAGUCUUCCUUAAAGUUUUGCCCCAUUGGUGUGCCAUAUGGAGACGAAAAAUAAGUAUUCGGAAUUUGUCGUUUUCAUGGUUAACAAAAUGCUGAUUGAUAUCGAAAACACUCUACUGCAAAGCCAUCGACAACGUGAAACUACCGGAAUUAAGAAGCUGUACAACUCAUUUUUUGUGCUUUUCUAACUGACUCGUUGAACC